AUGCUCGACAUCAACCUCUUCAGAGAGGACAAGGGCGGCAACCCGGAGCUCGUCCGCGAGUCCCAGCGACGACGCUUCGCGCGCGUCGAGGACGUGGACGAUGUCAUCGCCCUGGACGCGAAGUGGAGGGACGCGCGGUGGGAGCUCGACAACAUCAACCAGGAGUUCAACAAGGCGAACAAGGAGGUGAGCAAGAAGAAGAAAGCGGGCGAGGACGCGGACGACGCGAUCACGUUCGUGAAGACGCUCAUCGAGAAGCGCGCCGCGCUCGAGGAGGACGAGAAGCGAUGCGAGGCGGAGGUGAACGCGCUCCUCGUGAAGAUCGGUAACCUCGUGCACGACUCCGUGCCCGUGAGCGACGACGAGGCGAACAACGCGGUGUACCGCACGUUCGGUCUGGACACGAAGCGAACGGAGGAGAACUUGCCGAACCACGUGGACCUGAUCGCGAUGCUGGACAUCGCGGACACCGAACGCGGGACGGACGUCGCGGGCGGACGCGGGUACUUUCUCAAGGGCGCGGGCGUGUUGCUGAACCAGGCGCUGAUUAACUACGCGCUGACGUUCUUAGCCGGAAGGGGGCACACCCCGCUCGCGACGCCGUUCUUCAUGCGCAAGGAUCGCAUGGCCGAGUGCGCGCAGCUCGCGGACUUUGACGAACAGCUGUACAAAGUCUCAUCGGGCGAGGACAGCGAGGACAAGUACCUCAUCGCGACGUCGGAGCAGACGUGCUGCUCGUACCUCAGGAAGCGGUGGAUCCAACCCAAGGAGCUCCCGAUGCGAUUCGCGGGGUACUCCACGUGCUUCCGCAAAGAAGCGGGCUCGCACGGGCGCGACACGCUCGGCAUCUUCCGCGUGCACCAGUUUGAAAAAGUGGAGCAGUUCAUCGCGGUGUCCCCCGACGGGGACGAGUCCUGGAAGGAGAUGGAACGCCUCAUCGGGAACAGCGAGGCGUUUUACCAGUCCCUCGGGAUCCCGUACAACGUCGUGAACAUCGUGUCCGGGGAGUUGAACGACGCCGCGGCGAAGAAGUACGACCUCGAGGCGUGGUUCCCCUCGAGCAAGACGUUCCGCGAGCUCGUGUCGUGCUCCAACUGCCUCGACUUUCAAAGGGCCCGGAGAAGAAGAAGUCGUACGUCCACCUCCUGA